AUGGGUUCGGCAGCCUAUCCAGUGCAACAAAAAGGUAUUUACCAUAACCUUCCCACCUUUGAUCCCUCCAUCACAGGGUUGACGGCCAUCGUGACUGGCGCAAAUGGCAUCUCUGGCUUUCACACCAUGCGGGUGCUCCUCGAGAGCCCCAAACGGUGGUCCAAGGUCUAUGCAUUGUCGCGACGUCCACCUCCCAAGUCGAUGAUGGCUCUCCUGACCGAGGAUCAACGAUCUCGAGUCCAACACGUGGCGGCCGACUUCCUCGAGGACCCUCAAAAGCUUGCCGAUGCCAUGUCUGGGGCUGGCAUCAAAGCCGACUAUAUUUUCUUCUACUCGUAUCUUCAACCGAAGCCCCCACCGGGAGCCGCCGUGUGGUCCAACGUCGACGAACUCGUCAAGGUCAACAGUGCCUUGUUGGAUAACUUCUUAAAGGCCCUAACCAUUUCCAAUAUCAUCCCCAAGCGCUUCCUGCUACAAACCGGGGCCAAAAACUAUGGCAUUCACAUUGGCAGAGCCCGCGCUCCCGCGAUUGAGUCUGACCCGCAACCAUCCCACCUCGAGCCGAACUUCUACUAUUUCCAGGAGAAAUUGCUCUUUGAAUGGUGCAAGGCUCACAACACAAAGUGGAAUGUCGUGAUGCCGGCAUGGAUCCUGGGUGCCGUCAACAACGCUCAGAUGAAUGCCAUCCUCCCUUAUGCAUACUAUGCCGCUGUGCAAGCUCAAAAGGGUGAGCCGCUCCAUUUCGCCGGCGAUUUCAACACUUGGACCUUUGAGCAGCACCAUUCAUCUGCCAUGUUGACGGGCUAUCUAUCUGAGUGGAUCGUGCUGGAGGACAAGUGCCAAAACGAGAGGUUCAACUCUCAAGACACCGGACCAGUGACCUGGGACCGCUUCUUCCAUGAAUUGGUCCGGUGGUUCGGCGUUGAAAAGGGCAUUGUUCUUCCCGAAGAGGAUCUCAGCAAAUUCCAAAUCAUCAAGGGCAAGGCCGGCAAGGAUACUCCCAUGGGAUAUGGACCCCCCACAGAACUCCGUGUGCGAUUUAGCUUGGUGGAGUGGGCUUCACAGCCGGAGAAUAAGAAGGCAUGGGAAGAAAUUAUGGCUUCCUCGGGAGGCCAAUUGGUAGACAAUCCAUUUGAAGAUACCGUCGCCAAUUUCUCCUUUGGGGAUGCUGCUUUGAUGCAGCUACUCAGCCUCAAUAUGAACAAAGCCAGACGUCUAGGAUGGACGGGCUUCGUGGACAGCAUUGAAUGCCUGUUCCACAUGUAUUCCGAGAUGGGUGACUUGGGAAUGCUCCCAAGGUUGAAAGUUGACAAGGCCAAUCCUUUGGUAUAG